CAAAAGGAAAAAUAAUUAAAUUCUCUCUAUUUGCUUUAAUUUCAAAGUCUUAUUUAUAUCUUCCUCUCUUCUCACCUUCUCUAAACUCUUAUAAAAUCACUAUUAUUUCUUCAUCUUAGAUCUCCACAACACUUUCUUUCAACUUAACUAAUGGAAAUAGAUAAUCAAAGCAAUUGGGAUAGCUAUGUUGAUUGGAAAAAUAGACCAGCCAUCAGCAAUCGUCAUGGUGGCUUGGUUGCUGCCUCCUUUGUGUUAGGUGUUGAGGUGUUGGAGAAUUUGGCAUUUUUGGCAAAUGCAAGCAAUUUGGUGUUGUAUAUGUCUGAGUACAUGCAUUUCUCACCAUCAACAUCAGCAAAUUCUGUGACUAAUUUUAUGGGCACAGCAUUUUUAUUGGCACUUCUUGGUGGAUUCUUAUCUGAUGCCUUUUGCACUACUUAUUACAUCUAUCUCAUCAGUGCACUCAUUGAAUUUCUGGGACUUGUAAUACUCACCAUACAAGCUCGUUCGAGUUCAUUGAAGCCACGAAAAUGCGAGCUAGGAGUGCCAAACAUGCCUUGUGAACAAGUUCAUGGUGCACAAGCUGCAAUGUUAUUCAUAGGACUCUACCUAGUGGCAUUAGGUGUUGGAGGUAUAAAGGGAUCACUACCACCCCACGGUGCUGAACAGUUCGAUGAAUCAACUCCGCGUGGAAGAAAGCAGAGAUCAACUUUCUUCAAUUACUUUGUGUUCUGUCUCUCCUUUGGAGCUCUCAUUGCUGUCACAUUUGUUGUUUGGAUGGAAGACAAUAAGGGAUGGCAAUGGGGAUUCGGAAUUGCAACUUUAGCUAUAUUUUUGUCAAUUCCGAUAUUCCUUGCUGGUUCACCAUUCUAUCGUAACAAGAUACCUCGUGGUAGCCCUCUUACAACGAUCAGUAAGGUUAUAAUUGCAGCAUUACUAAAUUCUAGUGCUAGUUCAUCGAAAAACUCAAGCACUGUCAUUGCAACUAUGACUUCAAGUCCUUCUCCUCCGAUUCCAGCUAGUAAAGAUGUAGAAUCAAUCGAGACAGCUUCAUCAAGUAGUCUUAGCUUUCUUAAUCGGGCUGUUUCAGACACACCAGCUUGUGGCACGUUAAAAUGCACAGUGCAACAAGUGGAAGAAGUUAAGAUUGUGAUGAAACUUCUCCCAAUUUUCGCCUGCACCAUCAUGCUCAACUGUUGUCUAGCUCAACUAAAUACAUUCUCAGUCCAUCAAGCAGCCUCUAUGAACACAAAGGUUGGUUCUUUAAAAGUCCCACCGGCAUCACUCCCCGUUUUCCCUGUAGUAUUCAUCAUGAUCUUAGCACCAGUUUACGACCAUUUCAUCAUCCCAUUUGCUCGUAGAGUAACCAAAACAGAAAUGGGGAUCUCACACCUCCAACGUAUUGGUAUCGGUUUGUUCCUUUCCAUUGUGGCAAUGGCAAUUGCAGCUCUUGUUGAAAUCAAACGCAAAGGAGUAGUUACUGAUUCAGGACUCAUUGACUCUGCUAAACCAUUGCCUAUAACAUUCUUUUGGAUCGCGUUUCAGUACUUGUUUCUCGGGUCAGCUGAUCUUUUCGUUCUAGCAGGGCUACUAGAAUUCUGUUUCUCAGAAGCACCAGUGAGUAUGAGAUCAUUGGCAACAUCUCUGUCGUGGGCUUCUUUAGCUAUCGGAUACUACCUCAGCUCGGUGAUAGUGUCUAUUGUCAAUCGUGUUACAGGCAUUUCAACGAACAAGCCAUGGCUCUCUGGUAGAAACUUGAAUCACUACCAUUUAGAUAGGUUCUACUGGCUAAUGUGCAUACUAAGUGCAUUAAACUUUAUGCACUACUUAUUCUGGGCUACAAAAUACAAGUAUGCAUCAGUCAAAUCUAGCAAGUAG